CCAGACAACCAAUAAUAUUACUGCUUGUAUACUCGCCACUUUAUCUUCUCAUCUCAUCUUCUCAAAAACUGAAGAAGGCGAAGAAGAAGCUAGAACCUAGAAAAUGGCCUUUCAAGCACCCACAAGGCUAAGUGCCAGGCAAUCCUCAGCACUACGCACACCAUCUCUUUUAUCUCCUACAGGCAAUGCUGGCCUCCGAUGCUCAACUGAUCGUGUUGAUAUAAAAUCACCUUUCUCUUGUCCAUCUCUUCAUCUCUUGCUGUCUCCUCACUAUGUUCAGCUUCUGACUUGUGCUGCACCAAGAUAUUCCAUGCGUGUUGCCUCUAAGCAGGCUUACAUAUGUCGUGAUUGUGGGUAUAUCUACAAUGACAGGACUCCCUUUGAGAAAUUAGCAGAUAGUUUUUUCUGUCCCGUUUGUGGAGCUCCUAAAAGGAGAUUUAAGCCAUAUGCGCCUGCUGUGGCCAGAAAUGCUAAUAACACAGAUGUCCGCAAAGCAAGAAAAGCACAGAUCCAGAAAGAUGAAGCAAUCGGAGGAGCAUUACCUAUAGCAAUUGCAGUUGGAGCUGCGGCACUUGCCGGUUUAUACUUGUACCUCAACAAUACUUUCUAGGAUCAAUGGUCAUGUGAGAAAUAUUUGUAGUUUAUUCCGGUCCUCAAUCCGCAAAGUUUCUAUAUAUUUGCAUUGUAAUUUUUUUGCCUUCAUUCCAAGGAGGAGCCAAAACUGCUAUUUCUUCGCCAUUUAAAAUGGAGCACUCAGAACAUUAGAUGAAAGACUGUGAAUGGUGUUUAAAGGAGUCUUUGCUUAUCAUUUUGUAGUCUGAACAAUCAUUUUAAUAGUUAGCAUCAUAUACCAUACCACUUGAGAU